AUGGACAGCGGAAUGCGAGGUCACAUUCGUCCUCCUCAAAGGGAAGUUGAGAAAGGCUUCCGUGUUGGCGUUACCAGACUUUGUAAGAAUGAAAUACAAAAUAGUACUGGAGAAGCAGACCUGAAAGUUUUGAACAAUCUCAAGGAGACAAUUCCGGCAAAUGCGAACGAAUUCAGCGUGCUGGCCAAUGGACCUCCCACGGAGAGCCAUCUCGUGGACGAUGCCGGUGUUGUGAGCUGUGUCAACAAGUCGGAUAUCAAGAAUCUUCUCAUGGAUUUGGAGGAGCGCAAGGGUUUUCACAUCGACAUUGUCACUCUUCACAAAUUGAUGAGUAAAGCCGAUGCGUUCGAAUUUGCAGAUCAGCUACUGGAGAAGUGGUACCCUACUGUAGAAUUUGGCAACAACAAAGGACUCGUUUUACGCGUGACAACACAGAAAGAAGGAACUGUCACCGGCGGCCCAGAGUUCACCAAGGCAAUUGGUGACCAGGUCCUCGAAGCCGUUGUCUCCGAAAACCUUCCUGUGCUGGCGACCGACGAGAAGUAUAACAAAGCCCUCUACAGCACUUGCAAUCGUCUGAUCGCCACCAUAGACGGGCUGCCAGAUCCAGGCCCCAAGUUCCAGGAGAACAAACGCAAAUCCAAUUUCAAGACCAAGAAAGCGACCAAGGAAAGGCGUGGCCAGUUCACGACAGUGGUUGUGGGCCUUCUCGUCAUCGCCUUCGUGGUUCCUAUGCUCCAAUACUUUGCCUACGUAAGGAAGUGAUCAAUCAUGAGCGACCUAUAGUUUCUAUCUCUUUCAAUUUCUCCUUGUUCGAUAGUAUGAUCAACCAUGCUAUAGUUUCUAUCUCUUUAA